AUGGGAUCUCCAUUUUCAUCUCGUACAAGUCAAAAUCCUGUUCUUGGUUUCCUGUCGUCAAGGCUCAACGACUCAUGUCAGGCAUUUGAUCGAGUAAGUUAAUACUACUGUCUGUUAAUACUCCGAUCAGUCCGAUGGUAAUACUAUAAUACUAAAUUUAGUUACGUUGACGAUUUGUAUGCUAAAGUAUAUAUACAGUAUUUUGGAACAAAUUUAAGUCUUUCAGAAAAUAAUAUUUAAUAGCUAUUCGUGUAGCAAUCCACACACCUUGCCCUAAAGCUGACAAGCCACUGCUGCCUUCCUCAAACAAUACUUCAAACAUUGCUGAAAACUUGAAAUAUCUAAAUAUACAUGUAAGGCUUUUUAGACAAAACACGUACUUGUUGAUUUCAAAUUUAUAAAUUGACAUGUUUUCAGUUGUUUAAUUACUUCUAAAAAAUUAUAUUCAGCUGUUCAUGUUUUUAUCUUCCACUUCGUCCUUUCGGCAUUAUACUUUUUUAAAUACAUUUUUUAACCAGUUUAAAUAUUAAGAAUCCUUUUGCUAACCCGCAAAAACAAUUACUUGGAGUAUCUUCAUUCUCUUUUUAUUCCUCUUAAUGCUAUUAAAAGCGAAUAACUUUGCUGUUUCGUUGUUCGGAAAACUCCAGCAAUUUUCGAGCCGCCAUGUUGUUUUCUCUACUGGCAGUAUAUGAGCUAUUAUAGUCCUGCUAGUAGCGAACCAAUCAGAUUGCAGAAUAGCUUAUAUCCGGUAAUAUCUAUAGUUUAUAUUUGUAUAAUAAGAGCUGAUAGUCGACGAGGUGCGUAUAGCACGAGUUGGCUAUCAGUCAUAUACGACGCUACAUCCACGUUUUGUGCGUCAUUUUUAUUGAGGUAUAAACAAUGGUUGACCUUUUGUUCCUCCGUGCAACUUUUUAUACAGUAGAACUGUACUAGUGUACGUGACCUGCACAUGUCAUGUGUCGCUUCUGCAAUUUUCACUUUUCAUAAACGGUAAGCUCUAAUUUACAUCGUAUAUUCAUGUAUUGCCAAUUUAAUAUCUAUUUUAUUUAGGAAAAUGCACACUUCAGCAUCUCUGAGGCUCUUAUUUGUGCUAUUGAACAGGUAAAAUUGCUAUUAGAAAAUAAUGUUAUGGAUUAACCACGUUAUUUUUUAGCAUAUAUCGUAAGUGUAUCUUGGUUUUACUGUAACCUUGCAUUGUUAAUUAGCAGUUAUGAGAGUGAGGCAAGAUAGUUAAUUCUUAACUUUUUUAUGCAGUCCUCGAAACAAAGUCAUAAUUGAGGUCGGCAAAACAAUGUCGGCCUAAAUCUGACCUAGGUCGGCACCUCUCAGCAUUUUUUAGAUCAGAUACUAUCUCCAGCAUUGUAAUUUCAAAGCAACAGCAGACAUCAGUAACACAAUCCAAAUUUCGUGUUUUCCACGACAGUAUUAUUAAUAUUCCUGCGGCUGAUUUCCGUUAUAGUAUAAUUUUAGUCAAUUAACUCGAUUCUAAUUGGUUAAAAAUCGUGCCGUUCAAAGCUUAAUCGGCACAAAUACGAGCCCGCGUGCAUUUCGCACGCUCACAUGAGUGCAGAAAUUUAAACGCAAAAUCUUAAUAAACAACGUGAAAAUUUAUAUUUUCUGAGUUGUAAUUUUCGAAUGAGCUCUUGAACAGAAGAGAAAGAUGAACCAAAAAUUAUUCACAGUUUUUACAGGUAUGAAUUGAAAAUGUUAGAAAAUUACUCUAAAAAUUGAUCAAAAGCGCGUUUGGCUGUGCUCGCUUGAAUACAGUAAUGCAAUGUUUCUUGUCAUUGAUUGCUCACUAGGUUGACUAUAAAAUAAUAUUACAUGUAACAAGAAAUUACACUUGUUCUCAAAGUAUUAAGGAAAAAUCACACUUCUGUUUGGCAAAAUAUUUAUAAUGCCGCUCUUGCUACGCACUCGUGUACGUAUUAUAAAUAUUUCGCCAAACACGCGUGCGAUUUUUCAUAUUGAAUAUAUCUCGAACCGUGUAAUUCCCUAAUCGAAUUGUCAAGCUUCGCAGUUUCCUUGGCUGUAUUGGGGAAUAAUUACAAAUUGUUGUAAGACCUUGUAAAUAAAUGAAUAACGAACGAACACGAUGGUUUUUGAACUGCUGUCGGCAGCUGAAAAAAAGAUAGCUAGUUCUACUGAGAAGAACUGGAUUGUGGUCGGCAUUGUCGAAUGGUGUCCUUGUUUUCGAAGCCUGUUUGUGUCAGUAUGAUUCCCCUUAUUACGUUUUCGUAGCGCUUUGCAUUGUGGUUAUAGUGGUGUCACUGAUAAAGAUAGCGACCUCGAAUGAAAAUAUUGAAUGUUUUCGCGAAUAUUUUGCUGUUGGCUAUGGCGCACCUGACCCUAGCUUUCUUUAAAAGUUCUUGCACGGGUGAGGACAAAAAAAAGCCAUCUUGUAUAUCAGUGAUACCACUAUAACCACAAUGCAAAGCGCUAAGAAAACAUAACAAGGGGAAUCUAGUAUUAAUAACAAGUGUAACUCCAAAGAUCGAUAACAUUUUUAUAUUUAUCAACGUUUCGACUAUAUUUCAGUCAUCAUUAGGAUCAACUAACUAGGUUAUACAUCAAAAGCAGUAUUUAUAUGAAGAAAUACGAUACAUUAGGUUGAUAAUAUCAUAGCUACCUCGAAAUCCUUUGUUUCGCGAGGGACGAUUAAUGACUAAUUUUCCUCACUGCUAAAACAUGCGGGACGAUUAAAAACUAAUCAUCCUACGGGACUAUUAGGUACUAAUCGUCCCUCAUUUUUAUGCAUAUAACCUCUUAUAUUGAUGUUCAAUUAAAUAUUUAACAGACGUAAAAGAUCAACCGUAUAACCCCAUUAACGAACAUCCCAAUAGUCAUUAGUAUCAAAACGCAAACGCGCCUUUUCAUUUCAACUUAUUUAAUCGAAUGAAACCGUUUUAUUGUCUCGGUAGCUAUGAUAUUACAAAGUGAUAGCAUGGCAUACAGUCGAUUAGUGAUGAAAUGUCCCCCAAAUCUGGAGAAGUUUAGUAAAAGUCCCUCGGCGCUGUACGCCCCGGGGCUUUUUUACUAAACCUCUCGGCUUUCGGGUACAUUUAAUCACUAAUCGCCCUGAAUGCCAUGGUAUUAGUUAUAAUUAUUAAUGAAUUAGUUAAGUAUGGUCAGUUCUUUAGAAUCUUUAAUUCCAUGAUUAAAUUCAGGUUUAUAUCUUUGAGUGAUUCUUGAUACAGGAAAAGGGACCAACGCUUAGAUUUACAGUAUCAAUUACCUUAGUAUUGUGGAAAACAUGUUCAGCUAUUAUACUGGUUUGAUUAGACUUUGCGUCAUCAUCGGGGUAUAGUUCUGAAAAGGCUUUAAUAUGUUGAAACUGUUCGCAAGUAGAGAGGUGCUGAUUGAUUACAAACAGGAUCCGACGGUUCUUUAACAAUUUCAGAUAAUCCAUGUUUUUGUUUCAGAUACGGUUUAGUUUUUGAGUGGUACUUUUUAUGAGGACUUUUUCAGGCUUUUCAGUUUCAUCUGUGUGCAUGAUAUUCCCUAAUAUGAGCGCGAAUUUUACGCGAUGGAUUCUGAUAACUCCCGAUUUACUACUUUACUAUAUCUGCUGCAUGAUGGUGCUUUAUAUACUAGUGAAACGCACCUAAACAUGGAACACAUAUUAUUUGUUUAGAUGAAAUGUGAGAAUGCUUACGAUUCAGAUUUGGACGAGGAUGAUGAUGAUGAAAGUGAUGAAGAGAUUUUGCAGCUUCGCGCUAAAAUCAAGAGAAAAAUGGCGAGGAAAAGGCGUUCGAAGAAACAAGAAGGAGUCUUCCCUGAUGCAAUGUCUUCCUCGACCAAGAGUACCGGCACUAGCCUCUCGUCUGGUUCACCUCGAUCAAGCUUCUCGUCAAGUACGUUCAUUUUGUUGUUGUUUUUCUUAUCAUGUUAUUACCAAAACCGCCCAUACUUCCUCUCGCUCAAGAAAACGUGUCAUGUUUUCGUGCCAAAAUAUUCAAGAAUGCGACUUCAUUCCUAAUGUCGUUAAAUUCGACAAUGUUUCCACAGGAAAACAAGACACGUUUUUUUGGACAAGAGGAAGCAUCCGCGGUUUUGGUAAUAGAACUACAGUAUUGUACAUGCAGCUACCUCUGCCAGGAGGUUUGUGCGCGUGUUUGUCUGUCAGAAACUGUCAGAUGGUUUAGUACGAAAAUUUGUGCAGCUAAUGAUCGUAGGCCAAGCCCAAGGACAAAUCGAAUAAACAUUGGUUCAAUUUUGAUGAAAAUUGGAUGAGAAAUUUUAAAAAUUGGUUUUUGGCUUUGACCUUUGUUUGCAGAGACGUACGCCUUGAAAGACCCCACUCGCGGAGCUGUGGUCGGCGUAGCAAUUUCCGGUUGCGUACACCGCCAGAGUCACCAGUAACAAUCAGUGUGGCCACUUUCAGUGUCCGUCACAUCCACUGACUACGAAAUGAGAUAUUCACCAUGUCGCGAACUACGUGGCAGUAAAAAAAUCAUAUAAUGAUUGUCGACUUUCACGAUUUUGGGUGAUAAUGAAGAGGUAAAAGAAGAUCUAAUUCACGUUAUAAAAAGGCAAUGAAAAGGAUGCCAGAAAAUUUCAACGCCUCGGACGAACAUCAUUUCAAGUUAUAUGCAUGUAUGUCACUAUGCGGGACCUAUCAUCCGAAAGUUUAGAUGAAUGGAUUUCAGAAUUUCAAGAUGUUAACCAUUUUCAUUUGAAGCCGAAAAGCUAAAAAAAGAGGCAAUCAAUGCUCGAUACAAAAUUACCACCGAAGCCAGUACAACACGCGUGUUUCGCGUGGUGACCAUCUCAUUUCAUAUACACCUAAUGUGACACACGCUGCAGUAAGCGGUGACACGGAUUCUUACUGAUGACCUUGGCGGUUUACUUAACGGAAAAUUGGAAAACAGGUAUGUUUGGUUCUGCUGUGAAACUGUUUUGGUUUUCUUAUAUCAUAUAGGGGAACCGCCGAAAUCAGUUGACAGUGACUACAAUUCAAGUAAUGAACUACCCAGUCCUGAAAGUAGUAAAUCACAGAAACGUGUCGAGAGACAUGAUUUGAUUCCAUCUGGUACAUCAUUAGAUACUUCCUCUCUCGAGACAAGUGGCUCGCCUAUCUCAGCAGAACAAGUUGCGCUGUGUUUACUGGAGAAAGUUGCUUCACGGAAAAACUUAACUUCAGCAGAUUUAAAAUGGAUGGUAUCCGAACAUGAUGUACCACAUAGUUUAUUACCUUUACCUACUGCUAUUCCUGUGUCACCUGAUGAUGAGUUGUAUGACACAACUGAACACUUUGAUAGAAGAACAUCUUUACCUGUAAGUAAUGGAUGUUUAUGGUGUGCAAUCUUGCACGGUCGGUCCAGAGUAGGUAGCCCCCUUACGGAAAUUUCACAUGUGAAAUCCAGGGGGUACAAGGAGAUGCGCCCCCCCUAAUGGUAUCUAGCACCCCCUUGAAGGUGGUAUUCCAUAUUUGAGUUGUGAAUACUACUUAUUAUAUUGAAACGAUUGAUUGAUUUUCGAAUACGCGAGAAAAUAUUCAAGCACUAAAAAACGUAGCACUAUAUAGCGGGUCACCAUAUAACGUAGCUUUUCUUAAUUUUCACAUGAAAUACGAGUACUCUGAGUAAUACGUAGUGCUCUGAGUAAUACGUAGUGCUCAGCGUGUAGGAAAUGGCAUUUCAAGGACUUCCAAUUUCAAACAUUUUCUGCGAGACAAUGACCCUCGAUUCCAUAGUAAUGCUCUCCCUCUGGAAAACCUCCUCCCCCUCUAACAAAUGAGGCCAGAUCCGGCCAUGGUGAAAUCCACAUUUUCAAACGUGAAAUCGAUUUUACAUGUGAAAUCAACGUGUGGAAUUGGAACACUUCACAUGUGAAAUGGAUUUCACAUGUGAAGCUUUCAUAUGUGAAUGUAAGAAACAGAAACUUGUCUUCUGUGAAAUUUGAUAAAUUAUUAAGACGGAAAGUCUUUUGUUAAAUGUGUGUCUUUUUUGUUCUUUUUAAGUGUCGCCUAAGAGGAAAUCUCGAAUGGGCUCCUCCAAGACAGCAGAUUAUUUUUAGCAUUCCAUCAAAUCCAAAGUAAGCUUGUGUUCAUCUCGGCAUUUACAGUAUAUCUGUUUGGUUCUGUAAGUACGAAAACGAACAUCUAUCCACCCAAGGACGAAAAAGUUUUUGUGACCACACUUUAUUUUUCUAGACGAAAAGAAACGAUGACAAAGCAGGGAUAUCGCUGUGCUGGGUGCGGUAUGCGUAUUGAUCCAGGUAAACUAUAUAAAAAUAUUUCUGGUAGAAGGAAUGUUCGAGCUAUAGAGACUAAAAUGCCACGACUACAGCUAUCUACCUCGAUCUUAAAAGAAACUAUUUGACCUUCGCCAGAGAACAUAUAUCCCGUAAUUUGGGUGACUACAAGCUCUACAGUGUCCAGUUGCCCAAAAUUUAGAAAUAAUGAGAACGUGUACCUCAGUUGGUAGAGCAUCGAUCUAUAGUAAUUCGAAGGUCGCGGGCAUGAAACCAUGCAGCCUCUUACUCUUCAGAAGUAUGCUACAAGCUAUUUGUAAGCUAUUUUUACAGACAAAAACUAGAAGUCGAAUAUAUACUCCCACAUAAAACUAAUUAGGUGUUGUACUAUAACAUUUUUGUACAGUAUUUGAUUUAGAUAACAACUGUAACAUUUUUUCUGUAAAAUUUUAAAUGGGAGGUAGAUAUCAAUUGGGACUUUUGUCCUGGUUGUGUCUCCUGUUUGCUACUUACUGUGGCGACAAAUUACAUUAAACAUUAAACAUAAAAUAAUAUAACCAUGUACCUAUUAUACUCCCAAUGCAUGUGUGAAGAUAAAGAUUAGAAUUGUUUUGUUUUUUCGAUCAUGUAGGCUACAUGAAGAGAUUCCGCUACUGUAACUAUUUGGGAAAGUAUUUCUGCAACACUUGUCAUUCUUCAAAACCGACAGUCAUUCCUGCUCGUAUUAUUCAAAGAUGGGAUUUCAAAGAAUAUCCUUUUAAUUUAAAAGUAAAAAAUAUUUAUAAAUUUUAGUAAUUUUGUUUACGCAGAAGUGAAAAAAUAGGGAAAAAAUAAUAUAACUAUGUAAGUGCAUUUGAAAAUCUCUUAUGUUGUAUUUCUAUUUUUGGCAGCUGUGCCUGGCCAAAGGAUUUGUUUGCGAGUACUGUAAAAAUGGUGACGAUAUAAUUUAUCCAUUUGAAGUGAAAAGAUGUAGCCAAUGUCCAGGUACUGUUCAUUACAUUCUUUGAACAAUGGGAAUGGCUUGUUUAAAGCCCUAGUUCCAACUUUUGCUCGCAUUUCACCUCCAACUGUUAUUGGCUCUCGUGCACUCUCGUCAACUUUGAGAGUUUUUGUUCGUUUGACCGGUAAUAUGGCAGUCACGCAACUGUUGUUCCCGUUUGAGAGAAAACUCUCAUGCAAACUCUCGCUUCCCAGCUCUCUGGUCCUUAAGUUCUAUUAUUAUAUAAACAUAAGUGUUAUAUAGAGUUUUUGGCCACUGAGAAAAAUCGUAUUUAAACACACGUAAAAGAUACGAUAUUUUUACGUGUGAAAAUAUCAUUUGUUGUAAAACGCAUUGCCACGGACGUUUUAUUGUUUUUCACUGAAUUUUGUUUAUAUAGUAAGCAGAAAAAUACAUGGGUGCUUGAAAACACCAGAUUUAUUUCUCGUGUUGAACAUGAUAUCUCACUCGUUCGCUGCGCUCACUCGUGAGGUAUCAUGUUUAACAUUCGAAAUAAAUCUGGUAUUUCCGCGCACCCAUGUAUUAUUCUCUAUUUAUAUGAUGAUGUUAUAAUUAUUGUACAUAUUAUUUUAUAAAAACUAAGUGAUAAACAUUUUACAGAAGGCUUUUGAGGUCAGUAAAAGCUUAUGUAAUUUUCCCUACCCCCGGUACUAACUUCCCGGCGAGGGUCUUCGCUCGAAACGUCGAAGUUCUCCCUGUAUUUUUCAGGUAGUUGCAUCCCCUCCAUAUUAUUGGCACCACCCUAUAUUAAUAUACACUGGCACAGACCUUGUAGACAUUGUAGACUUGCUCUUGCUCUAGCAUUGUAGACUUGCUCUUGCUCAAAUUGGCUUUGUGAACUGAUCUCAAAUAGCCUAGUUUAAUAUUCAAAUACCUGCAAAAUACAAGUAAAACGUCAACGACAACGUUUCGAGCGAAAACCCUAACUUGUCGCCGAAGGAGACAAGUUACCCUAUAUUAAUAUACACUGUGACUACCCUAUAUUAAUAUACACUGGCACAGACCACAAGACAAUCGCUCAACCAUAUUGUUACAAGAUCAGUGUCACACCAUGCUUUCGCGGCUUUUGUCAUCGUCUUUAUAUUAACCCAUGCGAAAAUCAACAAAUAGCUGUAAAAAUAUCUUGUUUGGUACAUUUGCAAUGAGUAUCAGAUAAAAGAAGCAAGAAUUCUCGGAGAAUCGUUUAUAUAUAGGACGGAUUACAAAAUAUCUUUUCCAGAUCUAUUGAUCUGCUUGAUCCAUAAAAUGGCCGUCCCCGGGAAUUUGAACCCGUAAUAUCGUAUGGUGUGGCACUUAUCAUUUAAAGGCUAUAUAUACAUAUACGCAUGUCUGUUUUUCUAGAUUGUGGUUCAUGCUAUCAUCGUGAAUGCUUCGCGAAAGGAAAAUGUCCGAAAUGUGAACGAUUACUAUUAAGGUAUUGUUAUUAUUAUCUUUAUAUUUAACCAGGAUACCGCCCAUUUAAUUAUUUCAGUGAUGAAGAGUUUCAUUUUCUUUUUACACAAAUGUUACCAACAUAGUAAACAAUUGUUUGUUAUCUAUAUCCAAAAAGAAUACUUCAUAACACAUUGACAUAGCUAUAGGGCAAUCUGAUAUUUAUUUUGGCAACCUCGUCUUAUUCACUUGUAUAGCCAUUUGGCCGACAAAAAAAUUUAAAGUUUCAACCCCUGGUUCAAUUCGUCGAAAUAGUGAUCAGUUCCUUUUGCUAUUUUGCAGAAAAUCUUUCCUUUUUUCCUUUAUAAAUACGUUAAAAUGUUUCACAACCUUUCGUGACUGAUUUCGAUAAUAUUUGUUUAUUCUUUAUAUUUUUAAAUUUGCUUCCCACGACCGAAGGCGGCGCCAUAUUGUUUUGGUCUCAUUUCAACAUUUCGUAUUCAUAUUUCCUAAGCAUGACGUCAUAACAAUGAUAUGACGAUUUCGCAGUUGGCUGCUAGCCAAUCGGAAACCAUGAUUUCAAAAAAAUAAUCAUACAUAAUAUUAUAUAUAAUAUAAGAACAGACAAAUUUGGCUAAUGUUUGUUUAUACCCAAUUCACAACUUUAGAUAACUAACAUACUUAUAUAAUUAUCAUUGUUCUAAUAUACAGAAGCAUAGGAUAGAACAAAGCUUUAGAAUUAUCUACAUUGGUGAAUAACUCUGAUACAUAAUUCUGAUGCUUAUAUAUAGUUACUUUUGUUCUAUUCUAUGCUUCUGUAAACUACAACAAUAGUAACUAGGCAUGCGAGUUAUCUAAAGUGAAUUGGAUAUACAGUAGUAAGAUUAGAGAUCUAGAAGAGUCAGGAGGUAUGCGAAAUUACGAGAAUCCGAAGGAAUCAGGAGGUGAAGGCAGUGAAAGGUGAAGAAAAAAAAGAGUUGAAAUCGGAGGAUAAAGCUAGAGAGUUCUAAAAGUGUACAGCACGUCUGUUCAGUACAAGUAAUAUGUAAUAUGCAAGUUUGAUAAAAAACUAGCGUUUUUAAGUUCUUGUUCAAGGCUAUUACAUAUAAAGCUUGGUAUUUUGGUCUUUGGUUUUCUUUCUUUAUUUUUGCUCUUACCGGGUAGAUGUAAGUCUGUCUGUUCUUGUGUAGUGAUUGUAGAUGUUUUUCUUUGAUAUUUUGCUCAGAGGUAUAUCGAAAAACACAGAAAAGUUCAAGCGCAUGCGCAAUGAAUAUAAUAAAAUACGUCCCACAAUUACAGCGUCUAAGAUUUGUAACGUAGUUAAACACGAAAGUCGUUCUGAUUGACAUUGUGUAGAAUUGGUCCUAAUAAUCGUCGUGAGCAUGUUCUAGCUAAAUUGGCGAUCCUGAGCCCUCGAUGCCGCAAUGAAAGGAGAGAAGAGUAAUCAACAGUUAGCCUGUUUUUAAAGGAGGAAACGGUGAACUAUUACGAAUGGUGGGAGAGAGAUCUAUUCCAGAGAAAGACAAUUCGGUUGAAAAAAGAGUUCCUAAAGAGAGAAGUCCUGCAAUGAUUAACAUGAAGCAAGUUGUCCGAACUUGAACGGGUGUGAGACGAGCUGUUUGAAGAAAAAGUGACGAAAGAGGAGAUAUCUAGGUCGAAGACACCGUGCUUACAUUUAGAAAAGAAGACGAGAUCCUUUAGUUCCAGCCAGUAGGAUAUUGGUAAUAGAUUAAGUUUCUUAAGGCGUUCAGGAUAAGGCAACUCAUAAUCCUGAAGGAUAAAUUUACUAGCUCGUCUUUCAUCACCCUCGAUGAUCGCAAGAUCACGUGACGAUCGUUGAGGUGCCCAGAUCUCACUACCAUAUGACACAUGAGAUCGGACGAGAGCAAGAUAAAGAAGCCUACGGCAGCGAAUAUCAGACAUUUGCGUACAAUUCCUACGAAGAAAACCAAGCAUACGAUUGGCUUUUGCAAAAGCGGUGUGAGGGGACCACUUUAGGUCAUUGCUGAUAACAACACCCAAGUCUACUUGGUUAGCUAUGCUCUUAACUGGAUCAUUGUUAAGAAAGUAGCAAUGAGUUGGAGGGUUACGUUUGCGGGAUAUCCUAAGUAGGAGCGUCUUGGAGACAUUAAAUUUCAUUUUCCAGUUAAGUGACCAGUUGGACAUAGCGUCCAGGUCAAGCUGAAGGAGACCACGAUCAACUGGUGAUCGUAUAGCACGAUAACACUUGCUGUCAUCAGCAAAAAGUGCAACGGUACUAUUAUUUGUUACCUCUGGAAGAUCAUUUACAUAAAGAAUAAAUAAAAGAGGACCUAUUACACUACCUUGUGGCACCCCAGAGGUAAUAUUAAGAAAAGAUGAGGAAGCUCCUUCACUGACAACACACUGUUUGCGAUCACGAAGGUAAUCAGCAAACCAGUUAAGAAGUGGACCUGAGAUUCCAAACGAUUUAAGUUUGAACAAAAGUUUGCUAUGGGACACCGAGUCAAACGCUUUAGCAAAGUCGAGAUAAAUCAGGUCUGUUUCCUUUCCAGAGUCAAGUGUACGACCAAGGUCGUGAAGUACACUCAAAAGUUGAGUAACACACGACCUUUUACAGCGAAAGCCAUGUUGAAGGUCGUACAAGGAGUUUUCAACAAAAGAAGAAACCUGGCUGAAAAUUAAACGUUCGAGAACUUUUGAGACUUGAGAGAGUAAGGAAACUGGUCUGUAGUUAGUGACCUCAUGAGUGUCACCCUUUUUGAGUAUAGGCACGACAUUAGCGGCUUUCCGUUCAGAAGGAAAAACACCCUGCUAAAGAGAUAACUCAAAGAGAGCAGUCAAAGAAGGGGCAAUUACCUCAGAACAUCGCUUUAGAAGGUAAGCUGGAAUACCAUCAGGAACAGUAGCCUUAGAGGGUGACAAAUUGGACAACAAAGACUGAACAUCAGAUUCAGAUACAUUUAACGAGUCAAGAGAGUUAGAAGCUGAACUAGAGGGAGUGAAAAGAGGUGAAGAACUUGUGUCGGAGGUGAAGACUAACGUAAAAAAUUGGUUAAAGCCAUCCGCUUUUUCCUUUGCAGAAAAAAGUUGGGAUCGAUGAUUUCGAGGAUUUACAUUUAAAGAAUCUCCAGAAUGAUUUAGGGUUAUUAUACACAUGUUCGGACAGUCCAGAGAGAUAUUCUCUCUUCUUGGAAUUUAUCCAACACUUGACGUGUUGCCGAGUUUUGCGGAAUUUCUUCCAAAGUUCAGGCGAGUUCUUAGCCUUUGCCUUUCUUCUUAGAGACUCUUUCAUCUUAAUGGCGUGAAGUAAGUCCUUGGUGAUGUAUGGUGGUGUAAAAGAACGCUUGAGCUUUGUUUUGGGGAUGAAAUGGUCAACAGCGGCAAGGAAAAUGGGUAAUGUCUCGGUUGUGGAAUAUGUUGGACGGGCUUCGGGUUUUUGUCAAGGAUUAUUUUUGCAUCCUCAUGUAUUUGGUUAGAUACUUGCUAUAGCUUCUGCAGCACUCACUUCGCACUCAAAAUUUCGCCCUAGGUCAAUGAGCCAACAAGCGGAUGUUUACAAGAUAAUCAUUGUCAUCGGUGACUUACCAUAUUCUCAAAAUAAUGUCAAAACGAUUAGGCCGGGUUUUGGAUUAACGGGUUAAAAUUAGGAGAAUUUAGAUAAGAGGGUUAGGGUUGGCACUUAGGAUUGAGAUUAGGAUUAUAGUUACAAUUAGGUUGAUUUGGAAAUUGACCCAUUUUUAUGUUUUCUUAUGAUCCUUUUCAACAGAAAGAAAGCUGCAGAGGUGUUCAAGUUUGGACCAGACGAAGAUGAAUUGACGUAGCAGUGAAUUUAUUAUAAAGAGUAUUUGUGGUUUUUUAAGCAUUGACAACGUCUGCCAUAUGAAGCAAAUAUACACACACAUACAUAAAUAUAUAAAUAUAUAAAUAAAUAUAUAUAUGUAUAUAUACAGCUAAAACCUUAAAAAAAUAAAAAAUAAAACUCUAAGCGCGAAAAGGGCAAUGGGAACACAUAGUGUUUGCCGUAUUUAGUUAGAAAGAUUUAAUAAUUUGUCAUAAUCCUUGUGCAUAUUUAUUUACAUUAGAACCCAAGCUUUCGCGGUUCACACAAUAUAUUACCCUAUUAUUAUUAUUGAAAAUCACCGACAUAGGAUCAAAGUGGGCGUUGUCACUCGCUGACCCAAUCAGCUGUCUGGGUUCUGUACCACCUGACCUGUUCCGAGCGUCAGGAAUCUUAUGACAUAACGGCCUCGAUAAAAUA